AUGGAGGUAGGUGAAGUGGCACACGUGGUGUGCCAUGGAAGCAAUGGCCUUCUGCAUGUGACGGGCUGGAUUGUGCAUUUAACAGAGGACGAAGCUUGCGUGGGUAGCACUCUUUCUACUUUGACCGGCAUUGCCAGCAAGACAAGUGGCAAAGCCGGCGGCGAGGAGAUAGGUUUUAUCAAAGUCAAGCGCGACGCUUUGUUAGCAUCAAAGCCUGCCGACUGGAAGGGCCCUUUGUGCAAGGACCUGCCUACCUGGAGCAAUAGCUUGAAGGCAUGGGGUCAGGUGGCCGACAAGGAGCUGAGCAGCAGUGGUGCCGAGGCCCCACGACUUCGGAAGCCCGUGCAAAGCAAGACCCGGAUCGAGGAGGAACUGGGAACUUUGAAGCAGCUUUUUCAGAAGCGCCGCGGCGGUCUAGCCGAAGACGACGAGGACGAAGAGGAGACGGAGGACGAGGACGACGACGUAGCAGGGGAAGAGUUUCUUCGUCCCGGCGCGGCGGCAAAGAAAAGCAAGCAGCAGAAGGCAGCCAAAGAUCCGGAGCCCGACUUGAAGCGGGAGUUGGCCAAGGCCCUUGCCAGCGGCCAAAGUGCGAGCGACCUCUUACCGCUGGCGAUGAUGGCUAUGCUGGGAGAAGACAAGAAGCGCAGCGGCCGUCGCAGCCGCGCAGAGAAGAACGACGCAAGCAGCCUCCUUGGUGGCUCGUCCUCCGACGAGUCGGACGACGACCGAAAGCUUUCCAACCGAGGCCUACGAGCUGUGAGCACCCUUCAUCGGCUGCACGAUCGGAUUCAGAAGAACCCCCGCAAGAUCUAUUUGACCUACGAGAAGGAGAUCCGCGAGGAGCUGGGCAUUGUGCCGGGGCAGAGCUGGACUCUGCGGGACUACAUGCGAAAGCAGCCGUGGGGGAAGUUCAAGGGGAUCUAUCGAUGUGCGAUGAUGGAUGUGGCUGCUUACGAGCAGCUGAGAGCAGGCAACCACGAGGUUGCGGCAGCCCAACUUGUGCAGAACAUGAAGGCGAAGCUGCAGAGUGUUCUUCAGGGAGGAGAUUGGGCCUCGGCCUGGCUUCUCACAGGCCUGGUGGAUCCAAUGCAGCGCCGCGACUUUGCCGGGACUCGCGAGGAGAUGUCGGUGAUCUCCGGCUACGUGGAGGCCCUGGCGAGCUUGCGCAAGAAAGUGAAGGAGGCGAAUGCAGCGACGGCCGGCGAGGACGAAGGCAUCCAAGGUACACUGCCGGUUCGGGCCGGCAAUGACGUGCCACUUUUCCCGGCUGUGCUCCCCUUUCCUGAGGCCUCUUUUGUCGAGGAGGUGAGAGAUGAUGACCAGGCCCUACUUUGGUGGUCCAAGGCUUUCGUAAACACGUUUGUGGCCUGGGGCAACUUUGUGGUGCUUGGGUGUCCGGGUUUGGAGAGUGCAGCAUUGGAGCCGCGGGUUUUUCACAGAGUGGAUGUGCAGCAGUACUCUGAGAAGUUGCUCGGCGAGGUGGUUGAAUUCGCGUCGGUUGAGUUAGUUUUUGGGUCUCUUACGUGUUCAGGCAAAAGGUCUGUCUUGGAGGAGAUGCUGAGACUCAACUUUGCAAGCUAUGGAGUGGGUCAGGUUCCCGCUCCUGCUGGUGCUCUACCUGUGGCUGCCGAUCGGGUGGCCGUGCCGGAGACUGCUGGCGUGGUGGACCCGCUGGACUGGCUUCCUCCAGGUCAGGCGGCGGUGGUGGAACAUUUGGAGGAGUUGCGUUUGCCUGAAGCAGCUUGGGGUGAAGUCGUGGUAGCCUGCCACCGCGUUCCUCAGGAACACGAGGCGGACUUGGCGAGGAAGCUCCUCAGCACAGGCAUGGCCCAACUUGUUUGUGAGCGAGAUCUGCCGCGGACUUCGGAGGGGAAACUUCUUUGUGGAGGGCUAUUCUGUGUAGGCAAGGAUGAGUUACAUGACCGCUUGAUCUACGAUCGGAGGCCCGAGAACAGCACGAUGCCUCAUCUGGGGUGGGAAGCCCUGCCCUCAGGAGCCUGUUUCGUCAGAAUGCUGCUGGAGCCGAAUGCCGUGGUCCAAGAGUUCGGUGGAGACCCAGCCCAGGACUACCGCCUUUGCUUUCGUGUGUUGGGCAUGGGUGACAAGAAUGCCUGUUCGAUCGCGCAGGCGACCCACGAGAGCAUCCUGAAGCGCCACGGCCUGCUGAAGGCCGAGCACAAGCUUGUGUAUGGCGAGCCAGUUCCCACCGAUCCCCUUUGGGAAGGCAUUUACUUAGAUGACCUGCUCAUCACCCUGAAGGUUGCCAUGCCCUCGGAAAUCCCUUUGGAUGGUAGCUUCGAGCCCCCGCCGCCGCAGGACCAGGAUCCGGACAUGCAGCAUGCUAUGGCUGCCGAGGCUGCCUAUGUGAGAGCAAAGUUGCCGAGAGCGCUGCAGAAGUCCUUCCGGGCCCAGGUGAACUUCAAAGCUUGGGGUGCUGCGAUUGACGGCAUCAAGGGCACUGUGGGGGCCCCACUGGACGUUAGGCGGCAGCUCUGGCGGUUGAUUGCGCAACUCGUUGCUUCAGGUCGAGCUUCCAAAGAAGCCUUGGAGAAGCUCGGGGGCUUCAUCGCCUUCGUCUUUCAGUUCAGGCGGGAGUUCUUCUGUCUAUUGCACCACUUCUAUGUCUUCGUCUCCAAACUAGAGCCUCAGAGGACUGUGCGACUACCAGGGCACAUUGCUGAUGAGCUUCGGUCUGUGGCCCUGCACCUACCAUUGGCCACAUGGUGCAUGAGAUCCCGCAUUUCACCAUCGCUCUUAGCUACUGACGCUACCCCUACAUCAGGCGGUGCUGUUCGGGCCUUCGCGAGCCCGGCUUUGUGCUCAGAGCUGUGGAGGCGAUCCGAAAUUAGAGGGGCUGCUGUGAGACUGGAUCCGGAGAGUGAUCAUCUACUUAAGGCCCCGCCUCUCGAGGCUUCAAAGUUUGCGGCCAGCGUGGAAGCCCGCGCGCUGAAGCGCGAGGUGGUGCGCCUUGCCGGGAACCCAGAGAACAUGGACAUCAUUCAGGAGAGGAUUGCUUUGGUGAGUUUGGUCACAACCUUGGGCCUGGGCAUCGUUUGGGUGCUGGCGAGGUCGGGCGCUGGAUUUCAGUUCGUUCUCUAUAUUGCCUAUGCCGUCCUCGUCCUACUCGGGAUGAUUGCAAUAGCUUUUCUGCGGAGUAACUACCGGGAGAAGCACCAGCUGCUCCUGGGUGCAGUUCAGGUGUCGAGCUUUUUCAUCGGUUUGUCGAUCCAGAAGCCCAAAGCGAGACGGGACUUGCAGCAGUUCGAUCUAAACAAGGUCUCAUGCAGGGAGGAGUUUGAUCGAAAGUUCAUUCACGCAGCAAUCUCGAAGUGGUACGGGUCCAAGGAAGCCUUUACGGAGUUCGUGCGUCAGGACCUGCGGAAGGACCUGGAACCUCGACUGGCCGCGCGU